AUGCUUGUCGAGCUCAAGAAUGGCGUUACCUUCAACGGCCACCUGGUCGACUGCGACCACUUCAUGAACGUCACGCUGCGCGAAGUGUACCAGACGAGUGCCGAUGGAGAGAAGUUCUGGAAGAUGAAGGAGAUGUUCAUCAAGGGCAAUGUCUCCUACCUUCAAGCUGGUCUACGUCUAAGGACUAGCUGA